ACGAAUCAGUGUGAAGAGAAAACGUAAAAAUUAGGGUUCCGAGACUGAGAAUCCUGGAUUGCUCGCAGCCCAGACCCACCUUCUUCUCUCUUUCGUUAGGGUUUCGUGUGGUCUCUUGUUCUCUCUAACAACCAGGAGUUGGGUGAUAUUUUGUAAAAUGGGUGAGACUGGAAAACGAUAUCGUUCGCAGAGAGACCAUGAUGGGGACAGGAAAAAUCAAAAGAGACAAAUGACUGAUAGAGAUGACAGGGGCAAUGAUGAAUUGAUUGUUUAUAGGAUACUCUGUCCAGAUGAAGUUAUUGGGAGUGUCAUUGGGAAGAAUGGGAAAGUGAUAAAUUCAAUAAGGCAAGAAACCAGGGCGAAAGUCAAGAUUGUCGAUCCUUUUCCCGGUGCCAAGGAUCGGGUUAUAACAAUCUACAGCUAUGUUAAGGAGAAGGAAGGCGUUGAGAUUGAUGAUGAGUUCGCUGGUAAAGAACCUCUGUGUGCUGCCCAAGAUGCUCUUCUAAAGGUUCAUGUUGCCAUUGUGAAUUCCAUAGCAGCUCUUGGAGAUUCUGGGAAGAAACGGAAGGAUAGAGAUGAAUGUCAAAUCCUUGUUCCAUCUAGCCAGUCUGCAAAUAUCAUUGGUAAGGCUGGGGCUACCAUUAAAAAGCUGAGAAGUAAGACAAGAGCAAAUAUCAAGGUUACUGCCAAGGAUGCAGCUGACCCAACACACACAUGUGCUAUGGAGUUUGAUAAUUUUGUCUUGAUCACUGGUGAAUCAGAAGCAGUUAAAAGAGCACUAUUUGCAGUUUCCUCUAUUAUGUAUAAGUUCGGUCCCAGGGAGGACAUCUCUCUAGACACGGCUGUACCAGAAGCCCCACCCCGUAUUAUUAUUCCCUCUAUUCCCUCUGAUGUUCCAGUUUAUCCUCCUGGUGGACUAUAUCCAGCUUCAGAUCCUAUUGUCACACCUAGAGCAGUUCCUCAAAUUAUAGGCACAACAAAUGUACCAGAUCUGCAAGGUUAUGCUGAUGCAGAAAAUUCAUGGCCUCUGUACACAUCUGCCCUUCCCGUUGUUUCUGGUGUUGGUGCUUCCCGGUCUGAGGAGUUAAUUGUUAGAAUGUUGUGUCCCUCUGACAAGAUUGGGCGGGUCAUUGGGAAAGGUGGUAGUACAAUUAAAAGUAUGAGGCAGGCAAGUGGUGCUCGUAUUGAGGUUGAUGAUUCCAAGGCUAAUUAUGAUGAGUGUUUAAUCAUUAUAACUACAACAGAGUCGCCAAGUGAUCUGAAGUCCAUGGCAGUUGAAGCUGUUCUGCUGAUGCAAGGGAAGAUAAAUGAUGAAGACGAUACCACUGUUUCAAUCCGGCUUCUAGUUCCAUCCAAGGUGAUAGGUUGUAUUAUUGGUAAAAGUGGUUCAAUCAUAAAUGAAAUUCGGAAGAGAACUAAGGCUGAUGUUCGAAUCUCUAAAGGUGAUAAGCCAAAAUGUGCAAAUGCAAAUGAUGAACUUGUUGAGGUGGGUGGCUCAGUUGAUUGUGUGAGCGAUGCACUAAUCCAGAUUAUCUUAAGACUCAGAGAUGAUGUACUGAGAGAAAGGGAUACCAGCCAUAAUCCUUCGAUAGGUGUUGAAUCCUUGUACCCAGGUAGUGCUGGUCUUUCAUUGCCAUCUAUGAUGCAUUCAGUUCCUCCUGUUGCUGCUCCGAUGCCCUAUGAUCAUAGGGCUGAAAGUGGAGCUGGCCUGGGCAUGCUUUCUUCAAGCAGUCUUUAUGGUGGAUAUGGAUCUUUAUCGAUGGAGGAAAAUGGCUAUGGAUCUUUGUCCUUGUAUGCCACCCAGCUGUAUGGCGGUUUGCCUCCCCCAUCAACUCUGGAUAUGUUGAUUCCUGCUAAUGCUGUUGGUAAAGUGCUGGGUAAAGGAGGGGCAAAUAUAGCCAAUAUCAGGAAGAUUUCAGGAGCAUCAAUUGAGAUAUCUGACAACAAAUCUGCUCGUGGUGAUCGUAUUGCUCUUAUAUCAGGCACACCUGAACAAAAGCGUGCUGCUGAAAAUUUGAUCCAGGCUUUUAUAAUGGCAACCUGAAUUAUUGAAAUUCUUUCCUGGGGUAUUGAAGGUGAAAAGUUUAAUUCUUGAAGUAUGUUCUUUUUCCUCUCCUUAUUCUGUUAGGUUGGGAGACAAUGUUCUCUAGGGUUUUCCAGCUUGACUCCUGCUUCUUCCACACCAGUGGCUAACAAGACCUUGCCUGAGGAUCCAUUGCUGGUUUUGUAUGUGGGAAUUAUAAUUCCUUUCCUUUUGUUUCCUCUUAAUCUACUCUCAUCUGGCUUUUAUCUUAGAAAUCUAGGAUCUCUCUGUCCUUUCAUGAUGCUUGUCUUUGACUAGUGUGUAGUCAUCACUAUCUCCAUAAAAUUCUGUGGAACCAUAAAGCGGUGUUUAUUAUGUUUCUGACGGCUCACCCUUAUUCUCCUUUCUUGCUGAAAAUAUCUUCCCUAUUGAUGCAAAAUGAGAUGCUGGGCCUCUAGCAAUCUGCGCUUUCUCGCAUCCUUGGUUAUCCAAGUAAUUUAUUCAGAAGUGGGGAAGUUGCCUCUUGAAUUCAAAGGAUUUCAGAAAACCCUGGAUCAUUUUCAUUGCCCUAAUUCUAUUUCCAUAUCUUGAAAUUCUGUCAUGCAUGAGGAUAUUUACAGCUAGAUAUCAUAUAACCAUCUUGUUGUCACACCAAACAUGAUGUACAAAAAUGCUAGAAGCCAUAUUUUUGUGGUUAAAAUAUUUAGACAGAAGAUAAAUACAAAGUAGGAAGAUACAGCUUCUUCCUUGGCAUAUAAUGAAAACAUAAGACAUUAAGAACAAAGAAAAGGAUCGUGAGUUGACUCUUGGAUGGUUGAAUGGUUUCCUAUUACUGUUUUGAUCCAACAGAAUGUGAGAAUUCUAACAAAUUUUUUGGUUGUGUAGCUCAUGCAUAAAAAACUUCGUACCCCAUUGCCCAGAGGCUCUUCGCUAUGCGAAGGUAUGGGGGAGGGAUGUUGUACGCAGCCUUACCCUUGCAUAUGCAAAGAGGCUGUUUCCGGAUUCGAACCCAUGACCAACAAGUCACCAAGGCACAAAUUUUUUGGUUGUGUAGCUCAUGCAUAUUAUCUGAAAAGCCUCUGGGUUUUAUUUCGGAACUUGUACAUGCUUUCCAUUUCUUAUGUCUUGUGAUGGAUGUCACUCAAGAAAAUAUUUGCUAAAUAUCUCCAGUGGAAUUUGAACCUUUGCACUGGAGGUAAAGUUUGUUCACACGGAGCUCAGUUUGUCAGCUGAGCCACAUCUUAUGUGUGCUAGCUGUCACAUUUUAAUGUAGCAAGCCUUCUCUUCCAAUAUGAUUCAGAGUUGUUUCAUUCGAUCUCCUAAAUUCUAUGAAGGGGGCUGUUGAAUUUAUACAAUGAUUCAAUUGAUCCUUUUCUGGCUUAUUUGUUAUCCUGUUUAUAGCAUAAUAUUUAGUAUUCCAACUAAAUUUGGAUCAUAGUUUCGGUGACAUGGAUAACAUGCUCUGCUCUAAUGGUGAUUUCACCCAACUCAAGUUAUAAUUAAAUUUGUGGGCAAUAGCUUGGGGUUUUUUUUAUAUGACUAAAUUAUAGGUUGCAACAAGAGUAAAUCAUCUUAUUUCAACAUUUCCCUUGUAUCCAUACUGCCAUCUUGUGAAACAUUUCUCUCAUCCAGAUUACUAGUUGCAACAUCAGUGUGCUCAAAACUCCUUUUCCCUAUUUCAAAUGUGACGGACCUCUUUAUUCCAUUCUAUCUAUCUAUUAUAUGCAAUGCAAUUAACUUGAUACUUCUCUGGGAUAAUGUCAAACUUCCGCUUUUCCUAGCAAAUUUGAAGUACAAAUUUUCUUUAUUUUUCAUUAGCCAUCUAUUGAACUCUCCCCACAAUCAACUCAUCACAAUUAUGUUCGUUAUAAUACUUUUGAAUCUUAAAAUCAAUAUAAUACUAUGCAUGUGGAUCAAUUCUCCCUUUGUUCUAUAGCUAGCUCAGAUUUCCGAAAUAUACAACCCCUCAUUCUUGAUCCUGUAUGGAAUACUGUUCAUUCGUUUUCCCCUAAGCUUUUCUGCUAGAAUUCUUUUAAGUAAAGAUGUCUGGUUUAGUUUGAGUUUAGUCAUUAGGCCGUUGAUUUUUAAUGGAUAUAAUUUGAUAGGAUGAUAGUGUUCUGCACUGAAACAUUUUAUGCUGGAGGUUUAGUUUGAGUAUGGUUCAUUGGGGGGGACUGAACGUAGGGGAAGUUAAUAUUAGGUCACUUUGUAUAUGAUUUAUGGUGCACAUUAAGUAGUUUAAGAUGAUGGUCCAUUGUAUAUACAGCUUAGCUUCAAGACCAGUUGCUUUGAUGUUUUUUGCGUAUGUAUUUACAUUUAAUUGAACUUCAUCCCUUCUAAUCUAAUUAGUAUUUGUUUGGAGCUGCAA